AUGAAUGCUCAAGGAGGACCUCUUCCUAUGCUGGCACAACAGCUCAACGCCAGUGCCCAGUCCCUCGCCUCCGCCCCGCGUGACGCCAACACCGGCAACAUCAACCCUGGCACCAACGCCGGCAUGCCGUACCAGACCUUUACCGACUACUCGCAGAUGAUGUUUGCCGGCGAGCCUUCGCGUCGCGCCGCUACCCGCAAACCCGUCUACUCCUUUGACGCCGCUGCCAACAAUAACAUGUACACCAACCCUCCACUCAUGGUACCCGUCGCACCCAUGGCCCCCUACCAGCCCACCUACCUUGACCAGAUGCAAGCCAACCAGGCGGCAUUAGCGCAGGCAAAGCGCAAGAUGGAAGGCUACGACAGCAGUCAACCUCCUUCGCUGGACUCGGCCUCCCACGACACAUCUCUCACCGAGUCUCCCACAUCCCCCCCUGGCCCUUCUAGCUCGGCAGCGCAGCAGAUUGGUUACUUCCCCACCUUCCCCGUCGGCUACGGCGACUUCCGGCCACCUCAGCAGCAGCAGCAGCAGCAGCAGCAAGGCUUCAACUUUAUGCAGCAAAAGGUUGGCGACCCCCUCGGCCAAGACUACACCAACGGCGUCCCCAUGCCCAUGUCCCAGUCUACCCCGCAGUCACGGUCCACACCGCAGUCUGUCCCGUCUGUCCCGUCUGUCCCCAAGACGUCACCACCCGCCACCACGCCUAGCGAGGACAUCAAACCUGACAUUAAGCCCAAGAAGAUCCCCCGUCCACCAAACGCUUGGAUCCUCUACCGCUCAUUCACGCUCAAGAAGAUCAACUCUGGCGACGUCUCCCCAGAGCUUGAGGAGAGGAUACACAAGGCUAUCGAGGAUCUGAAGGCCAAGCGCGCAGCCAAGGCGGCCGCAAAUGGCGAGGUCGUCGACCCAACCAGUCAGUCUGGCACGGGUUCCGGCUCUGGGUCAGACAACCCCAAGAAGAAGGACAAGAAGAGCGCAAAGGCCACCGACGCCCUGCUCUCCAAGAACGGCAAGUUCGGCCUCGGCAGUCUCCCUCAGGCAGACAUCAGCACCGUCAUCUCCAAGCUGUGGGCCACCGAGGCGGCCCCGGAACGCCAAAAGUUUGAGGCUGAGGCCGAGAACCGCAAACGCCAGCACCAGGUCAAGUUCCCCAACUACAAGUUCCAGCCUGUUCGCAAGGAGGAGAAGCUCGCUCAGCGUGCCGAGAAGGCCCAGCUCCGCGAGGACAAGCGCCGUGCCAAGGAAGCCCGGGUCGUCGCCUCUCGCGCUGGUGGCCGUCGCCGUCGUGGCCGUGGUACCACACCCUCUCUGGACAACGACGCAGCUCACCACCUCGGCCUGGCGCGUACCACCUCGUUGCCCGGCCCGUCUCAGAUUCCCGGCCAGGCUCCCCUCCCCGUUGGCGUUCUCCCUCCUACCAACCCCGACUUCUGGAGCCAAGCUCCACCACUCGUCAUCAACGAGGACGACCAGACGUUCGAUAACAGCACGUUUGCGUGGAACAACUUCAAGAUGGCCAAUCAGGGCCUCAUGGGCAACAACUCCCAGCAGCCGCAGCAGGCCAUGGGUGUUCCCGUUCUGCCAGACUACAUGAUGCGCCAAGAGCUCGUCGACCUGCCAAUGGAGUUCGCCCUCCCCAACGUCAACAGCAACCAGCAGCAGCAGCUCAUGUCUCAGCAGCAGGGCCUGCAGGAUGUGUUUGGACAGCAGCAACAGGGCCAGCAGAUGCAGCAGCCGAACAACGAGUUCAUUUUCGAGCCUGUUCAGCUCCCCAGCCAGUUGGCGCCUGCCUUCUCCACUGGCCUGCAGACGACCGAGGAAGACCUCGCCGCCAUGUGGUGUCUCCUCGAACCCUCGUCAGAUGACAAGAAGGCUGCCGCUCUCAACCUCGACUAUGGCACUGGCACGUUCAACGGCUCGGGCGUCCCCGCCACCAUCCUCGAGAACGACUUGGAGAACAUGCCCAUGGGCGACUCGGAGAUCAGCAACAUGAUUCUGAACGAGUGGCAGAGCGCCCAGCAGGCGACGGGCGACUAUGAGGACCAGGGCUACUACGACCCCCAGUACGACGGCAACGACCAGGUCGGCCUCACUGGCGGCGCCGGUGGCGUUGCGCCCACCCAGGCCUUUGGCGGCGACGCGGCUGCUCCCCGCCCCACGGGCUGGUUUGGCAAUGUCUUUGGCAACAACAACAACAACGUCAACAACACCGGCACCAACUUCAACGGCCCGGUCCCCUUCUCCGCUGUGCCCCGCAACAUCUCGUCGUCGUCGGGAUACCCCCAGCCCACGCUGGACACAUCGUCGUUCAUGAUGCAGCCCGCUACCGACCUGUUCGCCGACUUUGUUGAGCCCGACUACGACGAGGCCAUGGCCGCCGCGGCCGCCGCUGUCCCCGCCUCGCUCCCGCCCGCGCCCACUGCUACUGGCGCCGCCCUCCAGCGCCCGCGCAACGUUGGCGCCUCGUUCGAGGCUGUGGCCUAG